GUGUAGGGCAGUGUGUUAGAGUUAUCUACUACACACAGUGGUGCGGUACAUCAGUAUAUCUUCUGUAUACAUCAGCCUGCAUGUGUUUUGUUUAUAUGCCCAGUGUGGAUCUGUGCCGCCAGGACUAGACAGGAAUCCGUCUGUGUUAAAAGAUAGUGUGAUUUGUAUGUGCUGGAUAUAGAACACUGGAUGGGGUAGCCUCUGUGUGGGGACAAGCUUCUGUACCUACCUGUACUGUUCAUACCUGUGAGGACUGUAUGACAGGGAUGUCAGUACUGGGCGAGUCCCACCUGGCCACAUUCACGGAUAUGAGAAGUAGUCUUUUAGGCGGGGGUUCAGGAUUCUACCCCCCCGGACUGCCUGGGCUGGGCCAGAGCUCAUUGCUGCCCUUGCCCCUCUGGCGCCCCUCUGCAACCCCCCUUCCCCCUGGGUGGUGCAACCUUGUGAACUGUCCAUGUAAUCUUUCGCGGCCUGGAUACUUCCCCUCGGACGUUGCAGAUUAUAUGGUGCCUCCGUCCUGGGAGGCAUCUACUUGGCCGUCAUGGUACCUCAAACUUGCAGGUGAUCCAAUUUACAAAAGAAAUCUCCAUGACUCGCAAGAUUCCCCCAGUAAAGAGCUGCCAUCGAAGAUGCUUAAACAAGAUCGUCUAAAGGAACGCCAGGACCUGUCGCAGGCACUGAGCUUUAGCAGAGAUCAAGUCAACAAAUACAACAAAAGUCGAUGUAUCUCUACACAAACACAAAGCACCCAUGUGUCGGAGCGAGAUUUACCGCCGGUCUACAUGAACGGUGAAAUGCGGCAUGCAGUGUCAUCGGUUGACAGUUACAGACAUGUGAUGAGGUCACAGCCAGGGGUGCCUGUCCAUGAGCGUGGUUCACCCCCUCCCUACCGCAUUCCCACAGAGACAUUGGACGCUCCACUCAACCUUUCACUGACCAGUUCCUCUUCAUCAGCAUUUACUCCUCAAGUGUCUCGGCCUUCUGUCAUCACAUGUGCCUCCACGGUGGACAAAAGUCAUCGCUAUGGCAACAGCUCACCAUCACAACACUCACUACCCAGUCCAAGUAGGAGGGAGGUUGUCUCAGUCGGAGGCUGUGACCCUAUUGAGGAACACUUCCGUCGCUCCCUUGGGAAACACUACCCAGACUACAUGGCCCCUAAGCUGUCCCCAGUUACCCCGCCAAUGGCAGACUCGCCCCCUGCUGUAGCUGCCACUGUCGCCACAGCAGCCAAAUCUGCCAAAUCUAACACCUCAGCAGUGUCCAUCACAGGAUCUGUAGACGACCACUUUGCGAAGUCACUGGGCAACAGUACCUGGUCAGCCAUAAAGGCUAAGAAUGACCCAAGACAGGAGAUGCUCCCUGGUACAGUGGAUGACCAUUUUGCAAAAGCCUUGGGUGGUGAUACCUGGCAGAGGAUUAAGGCCGAGAAGGAGAGCAGCCCUGCACUGUGUCGACCAAAUGGGUCUGCCUCACCCUCAUCCUCCCCACCCCACAGGCGGGGCUCCUCACCCCUAAGACAUGAUCUAGUCUCAAUAUGAGGGGGCAGGGCUUUCAGUUCAACCCUCAUCUAAAGGAAGCUGCAAUGGAGCAAUGCAAGCACCAGAUAUCAUCAUGACAACACAUUCUGUGAAUCUGAGACUUGCUCAAGGUCAGCGGCAGUGCUUGGUCAAUGCUCAAGUUUGUUGUUACAGGCACCAACAAUCAACACAUGACUACUGCCAGAGGAAAUGAUGAUGUGACCACAAGGACUUCAAAUGUGUUGUGGUCACCAUGGAAGGAAUUGCGAAGUUCUCUGUGCCAUGAGUUUGGUUUAACUCUCUACUGCACCAAAGAGAAUUGAAGACAUCACCUCAAAUAGAGAUGUUAUCAGUGGUCAUCUAUCCUUUACAAUACCGCUCGGACCAAAGUUAUUUAUUUUAUGUUAGCUAAUUGCUCGUUUUUAAGUCAUGUUUGCAUUUAGAAAUAACACAAUAUAUCUUUCCAACAUGAAAUGUAUUGAUUGUGUGUAGUGCCAUGCUGAUAAAGGUUUGGUGGACUUAGUAACAGAAUCUUACUUCCGAAUGAACGAAAAAAAUAAAACUAUAUUAGGUAAAUAUAGAGAUAAUAUUUUCAGGAGCGGUCCUACAUUGUUGGAACUAUUAAAUCUCUGCCUUGAUAUCAGUUUUAAAUCCUCACCAAAAACAUUGGUAAACCAUCCUUCCAUUUCAUCCAUCAUUUGACACCGUGUUUUUAUGAAUGUACAUAGUGUGAUCCUUGGACAUAUAUAUUUUAGUUUGAAGUAUGGUUGAGAUAAGGGAGGCAACUCUGUCAGUUGUGUAUAUGUAUGUGUUGUUAUUAAAGGGGAGAUAACCAUUGUGUACCCAAGAUAAAAAAAAGAUUAGUUUUCCUGUAUAUUUUUGCCGUAGAAGUUUAUGUGAGAGAAUAUCCUAUCAAAGGAACGGUUUUGACUCUUGAUUAAUAUAGAAAUGUAAACACACUGUGGUGUAAUUCACUAACUAAAGAUAAAAUAAUACAAUAUACAACUGAUGUUUCUUUUUCUCAUAAAUAAUGUGACAUUACAAGCCUUGAAAAGAUUUGUUUUAUUUAUUUUGAAAAAAGGCUUAAAUCAUAUAAGAAGACAAACAUAUGUUAUGCUGUGACAGCGCAAAAAUUAAAUGAUUACUUUUGACGUUCAUUUUUUGUCGCAUGAUAUCACCCCCCACAGAAGUUCCCAAUGGGGGUCAUGACCCUCAUUAGGAGAUUAAGGGGUUGGCAGGUGUGUCAAGGUAAGGUUCAUGCAGAGCUGUGCAAUAACAAACUCGAAACCAUGUGACUUCCAUUAUAAGUUGAAUACAUCUCUAAUUGGUCAAUUACAGCAACAUCACUUUAUUUUUCUUCAAGUUAUAAAGAAUCUUUUAUGUGUUUCCAUUAUCUUGAGAAUGAUUUUGUUGAAUGUAUAGUCUCUUCUGGUUAUAAAUCACUUCAUUUAUUGUCAUACUAAGAAAAUAAUUAGUAAUGCAAAAAACAGAUUAUUUUCAAUUUUAU